AUGUAAUAAAAUUAAGAAGGGGAUAAACCACUAAAGGAACAAUAUUUGUAGGAUCAGGUCGAAAAAGGUUUAGACGCUGAUUUAUGUGCCUAAUUUCUAGUCUCUUUAAAACCUGAAGGUGGUGAUGAUAUUGACAAUUGGAGUCUAGACGAAUUGAAGUCGGCUAUUGAGUAAUUUAAGGAAUCUCAAAAAUAAGCAGAAGAAUAAUAACCCAAUAAUUCAGAAGAUUAGGGCAAUCUUUAAUAAGCAUAACCAUAAGAAUAGCCAUAAUAAAAUUAAUAGAUAAUUUAAUAAAGCAAUACUCCUGUUCUUGUGAAUUGCUAUUAAAUUCUACCAAAUGAACUAUCAGGUGAUAAUGUCGCUGUUAAGAUAUUGACAUACAAAAAAGAGAGUGCCGGUUUCUUUUCCUCUUCAUACAUUGUAUUCUAGAUUGAAACACAACCUCAAGGAUGGAUUGUUUUUAGAAGAUAUUCAGAUUUCGAAUGGCUAAGAGAUUCAUUGCAGAAAUUCUAUCCAGCUUUUGUUGUUCCACCAAUUCAUAAAAAGAGAUCAAGGUCAUUUGAGGAUUCCUAUCUUAAUAAAAGGGUGAUAUUUUUACAAAGAUUUCUGAAUAGCAUAUUCAAAUCCUAUGAAUUGAAAAGCAAUGUAAUUGUGAAGAACUUUUUGAGUUUAACACAAAAUAAUGAAUUCAAGAAAUUCCAAGAAGUACAAAUUUAUUUAUCCGCAAGAGUAUUACUAAAUCUGCUCCACCUUAAACAGUACAAAGAAUGUUCUCAAAGGAUGGCCAAGUCAAUUGCGUUGCUCCCAUUGAAAUACAUCAAUAUGCCCAUCAAACUUAGGAUUACUUCUAUGAAAUAGAUGGAGUCUAUAAAAAAAUUAGAGUUUUAAGCAAAAGUCUAAAAGAAAUUUAAUUAUAAAAUUCAUUGA